CGUUCAUUAUUGAUAUUAAGAGAGAGAGAUAACGAAGAAGAUGAAGCUUUGUUCUGUUUCUUUCAUCUCCAGCUUAAUAGCUCUUCAGCUUCUACCUCUGUUCACCAUAGUUAAUGGUCAGCAAGCUACGGAUUCGUGCAAUUCAACUCUACCUCUCAAGGACCUCGCCUUCGACUCGAGCCACCAAUGCGUGGAAGUUUGGAGAGUCCAGAAUUACAUCCUCCGAUAUGCUAGAACGGUGGAAAACACAUGGAGUUUCAUACUAUCGGCGCCUGAUUCCAGUGCUUACAUCGGGAUCGGAUUCUCGACCACCGGUCAGAUGGUCGGAAGCAGCGCAGUGGUCGGGUGGAUUACUUCCGACAGCAGGAGCGGAAGCGCGAAACAGUACUUACUCGGAGGGAAAUCACCUGGUGGAGUGAUACCUGACCAAGGAGAUCUCAAGAUCAUCAACGGCUCGUUAAAGAUUGAGUCAGUGUCGUCGCGUCUUUACCUGAGUUUCCAGUUGACGGCUGAGCUGCCGCGGGAGAGGCUUCUUUACGCUAGGGGACCUGCCGAAUUCUUCCCAUCUUCGCCGGACUUUAGGUUGAGGGAACACCAGUUCAUGACCACCACGACCAUUAAUUAUAAUACAGGACCUGCUACAUUUGGACCAACCAUGUCUCCAGGUCCAGGGUCGUCCCCGCCUUCUCCUUCAUCUGCCUACGGCCUCUCACCGUCUCUUCUCUUCUUUUUCAUGGGCCUCGUAGCUCUCAAAUUUUACUAAUUUCCUUGUUUCAUAUUUUCCCUCUGUUUUCAUCCCCGUGUUAUCUAAUUCAUGCAUUGUUGAUUUAUAAUUAUGAGAGAAAUAUAACAUGUAUUUGUGGCCUUGCAUUGUUGUGGAAGAAGUUUGUGCGUAUUGUGAUU